AUGAAGAGCCCUAUCAAGGAGUCCUCUGCAUCCUCACAAUCUCUGUCUGUGUCAGCCCUCAAAUCCAAGUCGAAGGAGUAUUCUUCACAGGCCAUUGUCAAUCUCGCAAUUACUCCUCCAUCUUUGUCUCCGUCUCACCCCCCUCAGAGCCCAAAGUAUUAUUAUUCGUUAGCUAACUAUUACACCAAGUCUAUGGACGCUGGUUACCGGCCUUCACAAGAUCGAAGUUCAAAUAAUAGCCUUGCAUCCAGACCGUCUUCCAAAUCUCCAAACUCUCUUUCCUCUACUUCAUCUUCAACUAAUCACAGUCCUCACGCUCAGCAACGGGAAAAAUGUCUUCCAAAAGGUCAAGGGGGGUCUCAAGCGCCUGCCCAUUUAUCUCCUAAAAGCCGUCGAAUUGCAUCUUUAUCUGCCGCCGCUGAACUCGAUAUUGUGAAUUUCCUUGAAAUGGACUAUUCCUCAGAUAGUGAUGAAGACGAAGAUGAGAUUAAUGCAGUUCCUUACUGCAGUCCUGUAGUAUCGGUUCCUGGACUUCCCGAUGGGUUGGGAACUACGGUCUUUGAUGAUGUUUCGUCAUUAUCGAUGUCAUCAGUGGGCCAAUCAGAACAUCCAAGACCGUCUGCAUCAGGUGUCUUCAGUGAGGAUGUAGUCUCUUCGACGAUUAGCAGCGCCAUUACUAGUACUGCACCUUCGGUGAAAGGAACAACAGCAUUCUACAAGUCCAAUUAUGGCAGUGAUAGCACUGUAAAUAUGCUUCCGACAGAAACUUCUGUAGAGAUGUAUCGCAAGAAUGCGCACAAAACUAGUGACUCAGAAGUUCUCUUUUCGUUUGCCAAGAUGUUGAUCAAGACGGCCAUGGUCAGGAGCAAGGGCAAGAAGUCGCCCAUUUCAGAAGAAACAAGGGAGGAGUACUUGUUGGAGGCCCAUAGUUCCCUAAAGAAGGUCUGCAGAACGGGAUAUCUUGAAGCACAGCAUUUCUUGGGUGAUGCAUAUUCCAUAGGACUCUUCAGUAAGGGAAAGCCGGAUACUCGUAAAGCGUUGAACUAUUUCGAAACAGCGGGCAAGGGACGGCAUGCUGAAAGCGCCUAUCGAACAGCUGUCUGUUAUCGUAAAGGAUGGGGGUGCACACCGGAUUCACGGAAAGUGGUGAAGUUUGUGGAAAUAGCAGCUAUGAAAAGUCAUCCUGUGGCAAUGAUGGAGUACGGAAUUUAUCUCUUUCAUGGGCUAAUGGGUCUACCGGAAGAUGUGACCACAAAGAAGAAAGGAAUUAGUUGGCUUAAGAGAGCCACAGAGGCUGCAACGCAAUUAAGUUGUGGUGCACCCUACGAAUUGGCAAUGAUCUAUAUGUACGGAUACAAAGACAUUGUGAUCAAAGAUGUGAAUUAUGCUGUCAAAUUGCUGUUUCAAGCAGCAAAUUUGGGGCAUGCGAAAUCUGCAGCUCUCUUGGGUAAAUUCUACGAAAUGGGAGAGAUUGUGGAAAGUAAUGCUGAUUUAUCAAUUCAUUUCUACAACAUGGCUGCAGAGCUGGGAAAUUCUGAAGGUAUGAUGGGUCUUUGCUCGUGGUACUUUGUAGGCAGUGAAAAGUUGCCAAAGGAUUACGGUGAGGCAUUCACGUGGGCACAAAAAGCUGCCGAGAAAGGAGACCUUCGUGCAAUGCUCUCACUUCGUCGAUUCUACGAAUUAGGAAUUGGUUGCAAAAAGGAUCUAGAAAAGGCAUCGCACUGGGCGAAGCAAGCCGGCCAAAUAGAAAGCCUAAAAGAGACCAAAGCUAAGCGGAGGAAUUUUCGUAAGAGGAAGAACGGACGAUAG